GAGGGAAUAGAAAUGGCAAUCAGGAAUCCUUGUCUUCUUCUUCACCUCCUUCUGUUCCUUGUUCUCUCAUCUUCUUUCGCUAUCUGCAGAGUUUCAGCGGAUUCGGACUCGGACCGAGUGGCCGAGCUACUGAGACUCCAACACAGAUCGAAAUCUGGCGUAAUCCAUCUCGAUGACCAAAGCCUCAAGCGUUUCGUCACCUCUGCGAAAUCCAGAUCCUACUCCCUCGUCAUCUUCUUCGAUGCAGCUCAUCUCCACGACAAGCAUGAACUUCACCUCCAAGAGAUCCGCGCAGAGUUUGACCUCGUCGCCUCCGCUUUCAUCAAGAACAACAUGGACACCCCGGCCCAUUCCAAGCUCUUCUUCUGCGACAUCGAGUUCAAGGAAUCCCAGUCCAGCUUCGCCCUCUUCGCCGUCAAUACUCUCCCUCACAUUCGCCAUGUCGGCCCCCAGAUCCAGAACCUCAAGGAUUCGGAGCCUAUGGACCAGAACGACUUUGCCAGGAUGGCGGAAUCCAUGGCCCAAUUCGUCGAGGGCAAGACGAGUCUGACGGUUGGACCCAUCGAACGGCCUCCGCCUUUCUCCAGGAAGCAGAUAGGGUUUCUAUUGGCCUUGGUGCUGAUAUCAGCUCCGUUCAUUGUGAAGAGGCUUAUUGCUGGAGAUACUUUGCUUCAGGAUCCCAAAUUGUGGCUGUCGCUUGCUGUGUUCGUUUACUUCUUCAGCGUUUCUGGGGCAAUGCAUAAUAUAAUUCGGAAGAUGCCCAUGUUCUUGGCGGAUCGGAAUGACCCUUCGAAGCUCAUCUUUUUCUAUCAGGGUUCAGGGAUGCAGCUUGGUGCGGAGGGUUUCGCUAUUGGCUUCUUGUAUACGGUUGUAGGUUUGUUGUUGGCUUUCGUAACGCAUCUUCUUGUUCGGGUGCGGAAUGUGACGAUGCAGAGAGUAUUUAUGAUUAUCACGCUUCUGGUUUCAUUUUGGGCUGUGAAGAAGGUUAUUUAUUUGGAUAAUUGGAAGACGGGAUACGGAGUUCAUGGAUUCUGGCCCUCGAGUUGGAAAUGAGAUUGCAUUGCAUUGAGAUGUCCUUUAGUUUUCGUUUUAAGGUGAGGAUUUUGUGCUAAAUGUCUAUUUUAACAAAUUCGGAGCUUUUGCCUUACAAUGCACUACUAAUUUUGGGGCUAUUACAUCCUUAUGAAGAAAAUUUCAGUUUUGUUUU